AUGUCAAGUUUCGAUUUGCCCAAGACAUUCCAAGACGCCAUCUCCCUUGUCAGUCGCCUGGGCCUCGAGUACAUAUGGAUUGAUUCUCUCUGUAUUCUCCAAGAUUCUCUGGAUGAUUGGGAUCGUGAGGCAGCAGUUAUGUCAGACGUUUAUUUAAAUGCUACAAUUAACAUAGCAGCAACGGCUGCCAGCGACGGGAGGGAAGGCUUGUUUAACGACAGGGACUCUUUGAAGACAGCACCUUUUCAGGUCUACGUGGAUUGGCAAGGAAACUGGUACGGCGGGCCAAAGCGACCAUACCGCGGUUGGUAUUAUCUCGCCCUCACGCAGGCCUUUGAAAUCGAUGUGCGUAGCGCGCCGCUCAACACUCGUGGCUGGAUAUACUGGGAAUGCAUGCAGUUGACUUCAAACGAAGCGUUUCCAGAGGGUUUCCUACAAAACGAUCAAUGGAUAGCAUCCAUAGGGCCUCGAACAAUCUGGUCAUCAGAUAAGAUUCAGAACAUCUGCCAGAAGCCUGCACCAACAACCAAAGAAGUCUCUCAGCCCGGUAGUAUUGCUGGGAAAUUGAUAACAAGGCCUGGCCCCGAAAGUGAGGAGAAAAGGGAACAUGAUCAAUGGAGACGGUACGUAGCUGAUUACACAAAAUGCGCCCUAACGAAGCAAACGGACAAGCUCAUUGCCAUUGGUGGCAUUGCCUCCGCUUUGGCUCCGUGGUUAAAAGAUGAGAAUAUUGCUGGUUGCUGGCGAGGCUCCAUUUUUGAAGAUCUGCUCUGGAAAAGAGCUUUUCGCACGGACACUCUCGGCUCCAAAUCGCUAUCUUUGGACUACAUGGCUCCAAGUUGGUCAUGGGCAUCAGUCGAUGGAGCCGUUGAGUAUGACUCAUUCAGUUCAGAUUCGUUCGAACCAAAACAAUAUCACUGUACUCUGGUAGAAGUUACGGUGCUUCGUUUAGCCUCCAGUGUGGUGGGGGACAUCGGAGACGAUUUUAUCAGGAUUCGGGGACCUCUAAGAGUAACUACAAUUGAAGCACUCGGAUCAUUUGACGUACGCUCGAGACUAUGGGGUCUCGCCAUAUCGUGGGACCGAUCCAGCCAUGACUUGGGUCAGCCCCAUCGUCGAUUCACACUCAUGACGCGGAAAGGAGCUAUACAUGCCCAAGAGAGCGAGAUAUUCAUGCUUCCCACUCUCAACGCACCGGAUACACUCACAGGAUUGGAUAAAAUGCAGGGGAUUUUAUUGAUUCGCGCACAGGGUGGAAAGGGUCAGUUUUUUCGAGUUGGGCAUUUCGAAACCGACGAUCCCAAAAAACAACAAGCUGUGUUAGCAUCAAAAGUCCCUUCUCUUGAUAAAUUUGCGGAGGCUGUUCACGAGGACGGAUCAUACACAAUUAGAAUUCUAUGA